AUGGCGUCUCAAAAGCCCGCCGAGCUGAUUCGCCGUCAUCGAAAUCAACGAGACCGUACCUCGGCUCUUUACUCGCCACCUGGAGACGCGCCUCAAGCCAACUUUGCCAAUGCCGGCCCCAUCUCUAUUAUCGAGCCAUGCUCUAGUAUGAGAGUAGACGUUGCCGCUGCUGGUGACGCGGAACAAACGGCGUCUUGCUUGGACUGCGAGAGUGCCAGUAUAUACAACGAGGAGCGCAGUGGCAUUGAAAUUGCAGAAGCCGCCUUGGGAGUACCACGGAGAGUCGGACAGCUGCCUUUUUAUUCCGGUAACAAGAUCCUUUCCAUGGCAGAAUAUCAGUGGAGACUAACCCGCUAUGUAGGGGAGCACCUCGGUUUACACGUCGGUUCGUCAGUACCGAGACACUUCCUGAUCCCCUCGGAUACUGAGACGUUUCUUGAAGAAGAAGAUCGAGAGUACUUGAAAGCAAAGGGAGUCUUUACGUUGCCCCAAAACGAUACUUGUGCCGCCUUACUCCGUGUAUACUUGUCCCAUGUGCAUCCCGUCUACCCAGUGAUUGAGGUUGAGCAACUAUGGGAUUGCUACCAUAAUGGACGACUUGGCCAAUAUAAUCUUCUGCUUUUAUGGAGCAUAUUUUCAGUUGCGGUGAAUUUUAUCUCGUCUCAUGAUUUCGAACGAGAGGGGUACAAGUCUCGACGGCAUAUGAAGGCUGUCAUGUACUCUCGAGCAAAGUGCAUGUACAACAAUGGUGGAGAUAGAGAUCUCGUGGUCCGCCUACAAGCUUCCUUCUUAAUGGGCUUUUGGAGCGCAGAGCCAUUUGAGCACGUACGACCGUGGUAUUGGACCGGCAUUGCCAUUAAUUAUUGCCAGAUGCUAGGUUUGCACAGGAACCCGGACUCGGCGGAACACAAGUCGUCCAUUAGUGAACCGCAACGACGUUUGUGGCGUCGAAUCUGGUGGAGUUGCGUUUUCCGCGAUCGAUGGCUUGGUCUAUGCCUGGGAAGGCCGCAGCGGAUCAACCUGGAUGACUGCGACGUCCCAAUGCCAACGGUAGAUGAUGUGAUUCAAGAAUUGAAAAACUUGCCUCAAGGUGCAUAUACCGCCUUUGUGCCGGUUGAGAUGCCGCGCCUGGCCACGUACUGGAUCAUAUUGCUCAAGCUGAGUAGACUGCUCGGUACUGUGCUAAGCAUGAACCACCAGGCACGGGAUCCCAGGGCAUCAUCCGUAGAGAUACGUGUCAUGGAGGAUGAAAUCCUGCAAUGUACCUUGCCGGAUCAAUAUGAAGCUAGUCAGACGCGCCUGGCCUCGUUUUAUGUUCAUCAUAUCCACUUGCACCAUCAAGCACUUUUGAUUACAUUUUACCGCCAUAAUGCCACAGAGUGUCCCGAUGACAUUCCAUCCGCUCAACGAGAGGAUUGGAAACGCAUGCUCUGUUUAAAGGCUAGUACUGCGGCACUACGAACAAACGAUAUUCUGGACCUUGUCGUUCGGGAUGGGCUUCUUGAAUUUGCAGGCCCCAUGACACCCCCGCUCCUGAUCCCCGCCAUGCAAAUGCAUCUGUUGGAUUGCAAAUCUCCUGGCUCCCUCCCGAGGAGGCUUGGUCUUAAAAAAUUGGAGGCGUGCCUGUUGGUGCUGGAAGGGCUGCAGAAGACAUAUGCCGGCGCCUCAAUCCACCGUGGUAUAUUCUUGAAAGCCGUACAACACAUGUUCCCAGGCUAUGCAACUGGCUCAGCUCCAUCGAGCGAGAUGAUGCAGUCUGUAGUAAACGCUAGAUCCGAGACGAUGGGAGACGCUUCUGCGAGCGAAACAUUUGUUGACAAUGUUUUUGCAGAGGGGAGUGCACCUACAGAUGACUUUCUGGAUACGCUGUUGGACGAUGGAGCCUUCUUCCCUCUCUGGCUGGAUGAAAGCUACAGAACUGUCAAUGUAGAUGCCGAUAGAUAG